CGUCGUGUCUACCCCUCACCCAUCUAAUGACAGCUCCUAAAUUACAUAGACACUUGGCAUCAUACCACAAGUUUUCCGAGAUUGAACGGCAACAGAUCCAAAAAGAUCUUUUAAAAUGGUUUGACCUCGAAAAACGUACACAUUUACCAUGGCGAAAAGAAUUUGAUCACACAUUGGAUACAGAACAGCGUGCUCAACGUGCCUACGAAGUGUGGGUUAGCGAAAUUAUGUUACAGCAAACUCAGGUCGCAACAACUAUUCCCUACUAUAAUAAGUGGAUGACCAGCUUCCCCACUAUACACGACCUUGCCAAAGCCGACAUUGAGACGGUGAAUAAACUCUGGGCCGGUCUUGGCUACUACUCGAGAGCAAGGCGACUCUGGGAAGGUGCUCAAAAGAUAUGCAGAGAAAGCAACGGAGUGCUUCCAAACACGGCCAAAAGUCUGGAAGAGAAAGUCCCUGGUGUAGGAAGAUAUACAGCUGGUGCAAUUGCCUCCAUUGCAUGGGGACAGCAAGCUGGAACUGUUGAUGGUAACAUUGCGCGCGUAUAUAGUCGAUUGCGUGCUAUUGGAGGAGAUCCAAAGGGCAAAAGUACUAUAGAGUUACAAUGGGCUCUUGCAGAUUAUAUGGUACCGCAAGAUCGACCAGGUGAUUUUAAUCAAGCAUUGAUGGAACUAGGAGCAACCUUAUGUACACCUCAAAAGCCAGACUGCAAACAUUGUCCAGUGCAGAAGAAUUGCAGAGCUUUGGAGGAGGUCAAAUCAACUCAGAAACUACUGAGCUCUGAAAAACGGGUAAAGGAUGAAUCCGAUGACGAAAGUGAAGUUGAUAUUGAAGAAUGUCACGUUUGUCUUCCGAACGACAUUGAUGAUGAACUCAGCGUUACUAGAUAUCCUAGAAAAGCUGUAAAAAAGGCUCCAAGGGAAGAAGAAUGUGCUGUAUGCAUAGUAGAGAAAAAACCUGCGGACUCUAAAAACCCAUUGGACUCCAAAUUUUUGCUGGUGAAACGACCCAAGACAGGGUUACUUGCUGGUCUGUGGGAAUUCCCCUCCGUUGAGCUUAACGAAACAUGUGUUGCUGAGAAGAAAUCGGCGAAGAAGAGAAAACCGUCCAAAGCAGUUGUGUCCAGCGAUGAUAGCGAAGAUGAUUAUGUUCCCGAGCAGAAAUCAGGGUCUCCCACAUUAAAGCUUCUUGCUAAGGACAGUGAUGAAAGACAGGCCAUCAUGGGCAAGCACCUGAUGACUACGUUUGAUAUUGAUUUAGACAGUUGCAAUAUCUUGCGCCGAACAGAGCUCGGCAGCGUUGUGCAUCUGUUUUCCCACAUCCGGAAAACAUACCACAUGGAAUACCUGGAAAUUGAUGCCGACAGUAUCGAUGAUGUGGAAGAUACAGAUCAAGUUCAGUGGAUAAGCCGAGACGAACUCGCCCUUGCAGCCAUCCCUACAGGACUGAAGAAAGGCAUCAAGCUCAUGGAGAAUUUAGCGACUGUAGGCGCAGAGAAGAAGAUCAAGUCAACUCCACGAAAGAAGGUUAAAAUUGAAAAAGAUCCUGCUGCUGGCACCAGAAAUCUACUGUCAUUCUUCCAACAGAAGCCCAAAUAAACGCAUGAUUCGUACUACUGUUUGUACUAACACCAUCAGGAAUUCUGAAUGUUCGAUGUACUGUACCUUUUCCUUGGCAGGCGUUAGCUUUGUGUUUGGCAUUGCAUUGGAUCACCGACGAUCAAUCCAAUGUUU